AUGAAGGAGCGCAGACUGACUCAGCCCUUCGUAUCGCGGUGUAAACUGGUUCUGGUCGGAGAUGUCCAAUGCGGAAAAACUGCGAUGUUACAAGUGUUGGCCAAGGACUAUUUUCCAGAGACGUAUGUCCCCACUGUGUUUGAGAAUUACUCCUCCUGUUUGGACCUGGAGGAGCAGAGAGUGGAGCUCAGCUUGUGGGACACGUCUGGAUCUCCGUACUACGACAACGUGCGGCCGUUAUGUUACAACGACUCGGACGCAGUGCUCCUGUGUUUUGACAUCAGCCGACCAGACACAGUGGACAGCGCGUUGAAGAAGUGGAAAACAGAGAUCCAGGACUUUUGCCCAAACACACGGAUCCUCCUCAUCGGCUGUAAGACCGACCUGCGCACUGACGUCUGCACCCGCAUCGAGCUGUCCAAUCAGAAGCAAGCACCCAUCUCUUAUGAACAGGGUACGUCAUUGGCCAAACAGCUGGGAGCAGAGAUCUACCUGGAGUGUUCGGCCUUCACAUCAGAGAAGAGCAUCCACAGUGUCUACCGGACCGCGGCUCAGGCCUGUAUGAACAAACUUCCGGCGGCCCACAGACCCAGCCCAGUCCGCCGUCUCUCCAAAAGACUCCUCGCCAACAAAUCCGAACUCCUCUCCUCAUCUUUCAGCAAGGAUCGCUCCAAAAGCUGCACCAUAAUGUGA